CUCCUCUCCUCUCGCCCAGUGCAUUGUGGUCUGUGUGCUAAAGGAAGCUGCUGCACCGGAAUCUGAAGAAUUUGAGGUGUCCGCCAAGUCUACUGUUCAUCGUCGGCUCGUCUCUCUAUCUGCACUGUAAAACUCAGCGGACAGACUGUAAGGUUUAACAAGGAGCAAAAAUGUCUCAGGCUGACAAAAUGAAGCAGGGCCAGUUCAACAACCCUGAGACCCCGGGGUACGUUGGAUUUGCCAACCUGCCUAAUCAGGUUCAUCGCAAGUCUGUAAAAAAAGGAUUUGAAUUUACAUUGAUGGUUGUAGGUGAAUCCGGACUUGGAAAAUCCACCUUGAUCAACAGCCUGUUCCUCACUGACCUUUACCCUGAGAGAGUCAUCCCUGGAGCAGCAGAAAAGAUAGAAAGGACGGUUCAGAUUGAAGCGUCAACAGUAGAAAUUGAGGAACGAGGAGUGAAGCUCCGUCUCACUGUGGUAGAUACACCAGGAUAUGGAGAUGCCAUCAACAGCCAAGACUGUUUCAGCACCAUCAUCAGCUACAUUGAUGACCAGUUUGAGCGCUACCUCCAUGACGAGAGCGGUCUAAAUCGUAGACACAUCGUUGACAAUAGAGUUCACUGCUGCUUCUAUUUCAUCUCCCCGCUUGGCCACGGCCUGAAACCCCUGGAUGUUCAGUUUAUGAAGGCCAUUCACAAUAAGGUCAACGUGGUUCCUGUCAUCGCCAAGGCAGACACGCUCACCCUCAGAGAGAGGGAGAGGCUCAAGCGCAGGAUUCUGGAUGAGAUCGAUGAACAUGGCAUCAAGAUUUACCACCUUCCUGAUGCUGAGUCAGAUGAGGACGAGGACUUCAAAGAGCAGACAAGAAUCCUCAAGGCCAGCAUCCCAUUCGCAGUUGUGGGAUCCAAUCAGCAGAUUGAGGCCAAAGGGAAGAAGGUGAGGGGGCGCCUGUACCCCUGGGGAGUGGUGGAGGUGGAGAAUCCAGAACACAAUGAUUUCCUCAAGCUGCGGAUUAUGCUGAUAACCCACAUGCAGGAUCUUCAGGAAGUGACCCAGGACCUUCACUACGAGAACUUCCGCUCGGACCGCCUCAAACGGGGUGGCAGAAAGGGACCGGAGCCGGAGGAAAUGGACAAGGAUAUGAUCCUGCAGGAGAAGGAGGCUGAGUUGAGGCGAAUGCAGGAGAUGAUCGCCAAGAUGCAGGCCCAGAUGCAGAAGCAGGGAGACGGAGAGGAAGGGGGCCCCCAUGCGUGAAAAGUCUUUGGUAUUUGAGCCACUGCUCGAGCUUGACUUGAGAGAGACGGAUGAUAGCAGAGAACGUGUAAAGGCUAUCUGCUUGCCACUAUUUUUAUCCCUAUCCUACACGGGAUCUGGAGUCAUUUUUUUUAUACAUCCAGUCAAGUAUAUUCAGACAGUGUUAUGUUUAUAUAUUUUCACACGGUUCUAUUUCUUCAUUUUUUAUUUUGUCAGUUACUCAAAUGAAGUCAUGCGACCCAUCUUUAAAAUGGUGGCAUAUAUCUUUGAUACAGACUGUUAGUUUUUCCAUUUUUUGUUCCCUUACUUUUUUAAUUUGCUCUUUAGAAAACCAAAGUACUGCUGCUUGUAUUAAGUGCUUUUAGUUCUUAAACAUCUCUCAAAGCACGCGCUAACCUUCGCUCAAUGAAAGAGAGUCAACUGUGGUGGAAACUAGUAGCAGAAGUAGCUUUGUUUUCACCAUUGAUAUGCCAUUAAUAUUCUUUUUGUCAAGAGAAAUCAUGAUUCCCUCUGGUUAAGAAAUGACCACACAAGCGUUUCAUUAAAUAAGGUCCACCCUGCUCAGUGUUAAUCAUACUACGUGCAUGCAACUCUCGACCCCGUCUGGUCAAAUUUUCAGGUGAAUUUUCCCUUUAGUGCUGUGCUGGGGUCAGCGUCUUUCCUCUCCUGUCCAAAUUGGUGCUGUUCUCAGAUCAGUGUCUUUCAGUACAACGGCAUUCAAGUGUUGUUAAGCUCCUUUUGAGUUUGAUAUCAAGUAAACAAACUGUGACCCUCGACUUCUUACAGUCUUCCUACAGACCUGACAAAUGAAGGACAUGCAGAUGAGGUGCCACGCCUCUGUUUGGUGCUUUCGGUCAACUAGAAGUAAUUACUCUGUGAAGUGAAGUCAUGUGCCAGGGAGCGUUAAGUGUUCUGUGUUUUCAUUGACGCAGUGAGAUUUAAGAGGUAUAAACUGUUACCUAUCCCAACUGCUGAGUACUUUGUGGUUUCCAUGACCACGGAGAUUAAAAGUGACCCGAUGAGGUCAGCGUAGCCAACGUUUCCCUCACCAGCCAAGAUGUGAGUUCUUGACAUUCCUCUUUGUGCUGUUUUUAUCCAAUAUUAAAGCACCAAAUAUUGUUCUUGAUGCGUAUAUUGUAAUAAAAGUUUUAUUAAACUUUAUUAAUCUCUAA